AUGCGUUUCUCCGCCGUUGUCGCCGCCGCCGCCCUUGCCGCCGGUGCCCAGGCUGCCGGAAACUCCACCGGCGAUGUCUACGUGACCGAGGUCGUCAGCGAGUACACCACCUUCUGCCCGUACGCCACCUCCUUCACCCAGGCCGGCAAGACGUACACCGUCUCCUCUGCCACCACCUUGACCAUCACCGACUGCCCCGGUGGUUGCACUGUCACCAAGCAGGUGGCCGGCACUCCCAACGCAGCCACCCCUCGCCCCACGACUCCCUCGGCCCACCAGAUGCCCGUCAUCUCGUCGAGCUCCUCUGCUCCCUACCCCACCGGUGGCAACAGCACCAACAGCACCGUCAGCAUCAGCAAGCCAGUCCUCUCCUCCACCGCGACCGCCGCGGGUUCUGCGUCUGGAACUGCCGGCGCCUCGGCCUCCAGCACCCAGACGGGUGCUGCCAACCACAUCGCCGCCUCGGGCGCUGGUCUGGCCGCUCUCCUCGGCUUCGCUGCUUACGUCUUGUAA